AUGUGGACGGAAUGCGAUAAUUAUAACGAGGAUUACAGUCCAAACAAAAGCAAUAUAAUUAAUGAUACUAGCAUGGUGAGAAAGUUUGGUUCAUCGGCAGUAGUGCCUAAUUCAUCCACGGGUAUGACUAUCGGAUCAACUACUAUAACCAGAGAGCAUGGUUUGGCUAUUGCUCGGGAGUUAGAUUCUUAUGUAGAACAAAGUGGAGGUAGAAAUGAAUAUACAGCCAGUAUUGAAGUGCAAGAUGAACGAGGCAGACCAAUUAAAAAGGGCAAUAAAAAAAAUGCGGGUGAACGCCCAGUCAUUUUUGAAAGUGAACUACCCACCACUUAUAGAAGUGGGGGCUUCUCGGUUCCUAGACAAGGCUAUCACCUAGUCUCCCCGAAGGCUCAAACCGAGCCAUUCUUGCCAACUAGCAACAAUUCAUCCCACCACCUAAAAGAGGAUGGGGGACUUCUUGCUAACUUGGGAGUUUUCAGUGUAGGGGAUAAAGAACAGAUUGAAAAGCCCAAAGAAAGUUUGGUUUAUGGAGUUAAAUGGAAUAUUGAAGGCACAACUUACUACACCGAAAGAAAAGGCCAAGACGGAAUUAUCGAAAGAAAUCGCCAAAAACGAGAAGCAGAAAAAUCUCAGUCGGAAGUUUCAACCAAUCAGAAUAAAGAAGUAGGAGAUAUAAACCUGAAUGAGAUAAAUCAAAGGACUGCUUCCGACAAAAAAGACCAAACAGAUGAAGAAGUUCAACAACAAAAUAUCGCUCAAAAAACGGAUAACAAAGAUAACAACAAAAAUAUUUAUUAUGGAAUAGGAGCAAUUUCUCUGGUUCUACUG